AUGGAAUACAAGUUCUACUACUUCCCUGGAAGAGGACUGGGAGAAAUAGCUCGACAGAUAUUCGCUUUGGCUGGCGUUCACUAUGAGGAUAUCCGCGUUACCCAGGAUAAGUGGCCAGAAAUCAAACCUUUGAUGCCAUUUGAACAGAUGCCUGUGCUCGAAGUUGAUGGGCAACAGAUUCCUCAGUCCCUAGCCAUUGCGCGAUAUCUGGCACGAAAAUACGGUAUAUUGAUUUAG